UAUUCUUCAGUCUAAUUUAUUCUACACCCCGCGUUGGUGACAAAGGUGAUUAAAUUUUACAAUCCCCUUCGUAGACAGCCGCAUAAUAUCUUGAUGCGCUCUUCGGUUUUCUGUCGAGCCGCACUUUAUACCUGCUCCACCUCCAUGGGGGUCAUUCGUGUUUCGCCAGUAAAAGUGCAUAACUGUCCCCUACACUGAGAGAGGAUGGUACGAAUUUCUCAUCCCCUCCACCUAUGUAUUUUCCAUUUCCUAUGCCGCCAGUCACUAGACACGAGAGAUCUAUCCUCAGUUCAAAAAUCGACCCCCUCCGGAAAGGUUCACCGCUCUGAGAGUAAUAGUCCGGCUAAAGGCAGAUUCGUAAGUACUUGUAGUGACUCUGUUUCGCGUAGUGGAACGCAAGUUCGUCUUGAAAAUAUAAAUCAGCACAAAGUGCGUCCUGUAUUCCAACUCGUACAAAUACAACAUGCUCAACUUGGCGGUUGAGAUGAACGACUGGGCUGGAGUGGAUGCUUUGCUUUCGAAGUAUCCGUCGCAUGUAAACCUGGCCCUGGAGGACGGAAGGACGCCGCUGCACACCGCGAUCGUCAAAAACAACAUUGAGAUGAUGAAGAUCCUGCUGCAGCACAAGGCGAGCGUCAAUCGGGACCCAAGUCGGAGAACAGAAACGCCCUCACCGUUGUGGUUAGCGAUGCUCCAGCGCCACCACCGAGCGGCCGAAUUUCUGAUUCGCCGAGGCGCCAACGUGAACGAGCGCUGUGAUACUAGCCUGAUGAGCCCCGAGGCGUGGGAGCAUUACGACUACGACGCGCAAACGACUUUCCUACACGUGGCGGUGCACCGGCUUGACGCGUCCCUGGCCCGGCUGCUCAUGGACCACGGCGCCGAUCUCUCGGCGAGGAACGCCAAGGACCGGACGGCCCUGUUCGACGCCCUCGCCGCCGACUGCCCGGUCGACCUGGUGCUUGAGAUGAUGAACCGCGGCGCCCGACACGAGCUUGUGCACGCCGACAACAUGCAGUGCACCUACCUGCACUCGGUCAUCAGCGCGGGUCAUGAGGAGCUGACGGAGCUGUUGCUAGCGCAGCCAGAGGUCGACGCAACCCUGCUGCACUACACCGGGAAGACGAUGCUGCACUUCGCUGCGGAUGCCCGCUGGGAGAGCGUCAAGACCGCCAGGUGGCUACUAGAGAGGGGUGUCCCGCUCGACGCUAGGGACAGGAUCUUCCAGAACUCGCCACUGCACAUCGCGCUGCGGACAGGCAAGUCGGCAAUGGCAAAGUUGCUGAUCGAGCGGGGAGCCGACGUGAACGCGAGAAACGGCGACGGACUUCGUCCGCUGCACCUGGCAGUGACGGGGCGCUGUUGCCUGAACGUGCUGGAGCUGCUCCUCGCCAAGGGCGCCGAGCUGCAUCAGCCGACCCCGUCGGGCCAAACGGCUCUGCACCUCGCGUGCAACGAGGGCAGAGAGGGACAGCUCAAAACUCUGCUCUUGCGCGGCGCGGACCCCCUCGCGAAGGACGACGUCGGCCGCACGCCCUUCCAAAUGAUAAACCGGGAGGUGACCGGCGCUGCCUGGCAGAUGAUCAGGCGUCUAGGCGUCCUAAGGAUGGUCGAAGGCAGACAGAUCGACGAGCAGGACAAGCAGCUGAUCAGCAGGACGCCCUACAUGCAGGAGCACUACAUAGCCUGCAGGCGGGAGCUGCAGAGGAUGAGGAAGAUCAAGGUCUACAACGACGUGACGCUGUUCUUCGUCUUCGCGGCGAGCGAUGAGAGACUGGGCAUGCUUAUGAGGAACGAGGAGUUUCUGGCCUCCUUCAAGUCGCGCUACGUCGAGUACCAGUACGCCGUCUACAACGACUACAUCUCGGCGAAGUUCAAGAGAACUGAGAAGAAGCUGCGCCGGAUUUGCGCGGUCGAGAAUCACCUGCAGAAGAUUUUCUCUGCCCAUCUGACUUACCCCGCCAUAGAGAAUCUGGCAAAGUUCGUUUCUGUCAAGGAUUUGCCUGGUUGCAAAUUGUAGACUUAAUUUUUGAAUUUGUUCAAAUUUGUAUAUAACUUUUCAUUUUCGUAAAUCUUUUUAAUAGAAACAAUAAACAUGCAUAAAAAAUUUAAAAAAGAUUGAUUUGAAACCUUGCUUUAAUAUUCUCUUAGUUGCAUGUAUAUACUAUCAAUUCAAAUUAGAAAAUUAAACACAACUUACAGUGCUCAUGGAUUACCUAUUAAAUGAAAUUAAUGAGAAAAUAACGAUUUUCAGAAUCUAUUUCCCUAUUACAAUUAUAGUGAAUUUUUUUUUUAAAUUUCCUAAAUUUUUUGUCAACGUUGAUCCCUAAUGGAAAAAAAUGUUAUAAAUUGUAAUAAAUUGUAGUUAAAC